GUCACGCCCCGGUCAGCUGAUCCCGCGUCUUCCGCGCGGCAACUUUUUUCCACAUGACGUAGUCGACAGUCGCAUUCUCGACCAUUUUCGUAGUCAGAAAUGGGUUCCGGCUCUCAUCUAUGGCGAUCCUCCAGUGCGGGUCUUCUGCACCUUCCUGCUCAUAGAAGGGCCUGCGGAUCACUUCCAAGAACCGUCAAGAGGUAGGUCUUCGGAAUAGGAACGCGUCUGUCCUUGACCCCUCCCCCGCCCUUGCUUCUAUAUUAACAUCUGGAUAGAACCCUCUAUACCUCUCAGUCUACGACCCCAUCGACUAGUUCUCUUGACAGACGAUCAUUCUCCAAUUCUAAUGCACCUACGUCCAAGAAUGGGCCUCUAAAGCCAUCCGUGCCUACCCGAGGCUUCUCCAAUGGCUUAAUAGCGCCCUCCAAUGCCAGGAUGAGCUCGGUCGAGACCCCCGCCCACCGAGCUUUCAUAGCUCUGGGAAGCAACAUGGGUGAUCGAGUGGAAAUGAUCGAGGCGGCCUGUCGAGAAAUGGAUCGGGCUGGAAUCAGAGUGAAAAGGACCAGCUCACUCUUUGAGACGGCGCCGAUGUACGUUCUCGACCAGGAUGCGUUCAUGAAUGGCGUUUGCGAGGUCGAGACCAGCCUAGAGCCCCUUGAGCUGCUAGACGCCAUUCAGUCGAUCGAGAUUGAUCUGGGAAGGAAGAAGUUGAUCGACAAGGGUCCCCGAUCCAUCGACCUAGACAUUCUGCUCUACGACCAGCAAGUCUUCUCCCACGAGCGACUCAACAUUCCGCACAAGUUGAUGCUCGAAAGGGACUUUGUUCUACGGCCUCUAAGCCAACUCAUCCCUCAUGAACGCCCUCCCUUCCCUGGUCACGAAACCACUUACCUAUCCCACCUGAACUCUCUCCCUCCGCCAGACCCCACCCCCGUAUCAACAACCUACAUCUCCAAAAGCUUCCCUACCUUACACUCCACCGACCCCCGCCGUCCCACCCACGUCAUGGCCAUCCUCAACCUCACCCCCGAUUCCUUCUCCGAUGGCGGCAAGCACUUCUCCUCUGACUUCUCCACCCUCACCACCACCGUCCGCCAGUUCAUCGCCGCCGGCGCUACCAUCAUCGACAUCGGCGGAGAAAGCACACGCCCAGGAUCCGAACCCGUCGGCGAAGCCGAAGAACUCGCCCGCGUCAUCCCCGCCAUCCGACACAUUCGCACCUCGAUCCCCGAAGCCGCCAACAUCGCCAUCAGCAUCGACACGUACCGCGCGCGCGUCGCGGAGGAAGCCUGCGCCGCCGGCGCCGACAUCAUCAACGACGUCUCCGCAGGCCUCCUGGACCCAGACAUGCUACCCACCAUGGCACGCACCGGCAAGACCGUCAUCCUCAUGCACAUGCGCGGCACGCCUUCCAACAUGACCAAACUCACCGAAUACCCGAACGGCGUCAUCCACGACACCACGACCGAGCUGCACGAACGUCUCGCCGCCGCCGAAGAUGCCGGUAUCCGACGCUGGCGCAUCAUCCUCGACCCCGGGCUCGGGUUCGCGAAGGGCCAGGCCCAGGAUCUCACCAUCUUGCGGGACCUGCAGAAAUUCCGGACGCAGGAGAGCGGCCUCGAGGGCCUCCCGUGGCUGAUGGGCCCCAGUCGGAAGAGGUUCAUUGGACGGCUCACGGGCGUCGAAAAGGCCAGUGAGCGUACCUGGGGCACUGCGGCCGCCGUGACGGCUAGUAUUGCUGGUGGUGCGGAUAUCGUGCGCGUGCAUGAUGUCAAGGAGAUGUGGCAGGUCGCGAAAGUGGCAGAUGCUAUAUAUAGAAGUUGAUUUGGGGUGUUUGCCCCCUCGCUCUCUCGCUCUCUCUGCUGAUGUGUGCGCUUUAGAAGAUGAAGAAGGGAACUGACGUGAUACGAUGAUUCAACGGGUCAAGACUUUGCAUAUUUUCAACAAUAUCAAGAUAACUAUAUAAAUAGACUAGUGAGAAACUGGCUUCUUUUAAUACACAAUUACUAUGAAGUGG